AGAAGGAAAAAUUUAAAGAGAGAGAGAAAAUCACAAGCUGAGCUUCCAUACUACCUACCACCCUCAUGGAUGACUGGGAGGUAGCGAUUGAAACAGAAAUCUCCAAGAGUGACACUUAAAUAACAACACCCACUCCUUGUUUCAUUACCAAAUACCAAUACUAAUCUUCUUUCCUCUCCAUUGCUUAAUUUCUUCUUCAUCUAUCUCUGCACGCUAAACCAACAUGGGUACUGAAAUUGUAUUGGUGGAUGAAAUCCCUUUCCCUCCUCAGAUCACAACCACAAAGCCAUUAUCUCUUCUGGGUCAUGGGAUCACGGAUAUUGAGAUACACUUUCUUCAAAUUAAGUUCACAGCAAUUGGGGUUUAUUUGGAACCUGAAAUUGUGGGACAUCUUCAACAAUAUAAAGGUAAACAGGGAAGUGAGCUUGCUGAAGAUGAUGAUUUCUUUGAAGCUGUUAUUUCUGCUCCUGUGGAGAAAUUCCUAAGAGUUGUGAUAAUAAAGGAGAUCAAAGGCUCACAAUAUGGAGUUCAGCUGGAGAGUGCUGUGAGGGACAGAUUGGCAGCAGAUGACAAAUAUGAAGAAGAAGAAGAAGCUGCUUUGGAAAAAGUUGUUGAAUUCUUUCAAUCUAAAUACUUCAAGAAAGACUCUGUUAUCACUUACCAUUUUCCAUCUACUUCUGCUACUGCUGAGAUUGUGUUUACAACAGAAGGAAAGGAAGACUCUAAACUGAAAGUGGAAAAUGGCAAUGUCGUUGAGAUGAUCAAGAAAUGGUACUUGGGAGGGACUAGAGGGGUAUCUCCUACUACCAUAACCUCCUUGGCUAACACUCUCUCUGCUGAGUUAUCUAAAUGAGAAAUAUGCAGCUUGGUUAAUGGGGUUUUGAUGCUUAUAUGUGUUCUGUAUUUUUAAGGAUGUUUUGUAAGUCUUUUCUUUUGGUAUGGAAAUGGAAAAUCUUUGCUUUCUUGGGUUUUCAUUAUCAAUAAAAUGAACCAUAAAUUACCAUCUA